CAGACGGGUACUGAGUUUGCUGGGUGGGCACGUGUGCUGUACGCAACACAGCCAGCAAAUCCUCUCACCAUUCCCCCCCAGGAAGAAUUUCUGUCUCUUUUGCUCGCUCUCGCCUGUUCCUUGUUAGAGAUAUAGCGAUAAGCUGAUAUCAGGAGUUGACGAUUUUUUCACAGAAGAAGCUGGGAGCAGAUGUUCUACAUAUAUCAGGAAACACGCACAUUCACAGCAGCAGAAGCGUUUAAUCUGUAAAAUGCCAGCUCAGCUGAGCCUGGCAGACCAGGAGCGGGAUUGGAGGAAGGCAGGGAGGAUGGCAGAGCUGGGUCUCUCCAUCGUCUCAGAGAAGAGACCGCGGAGGAUGCACGACCCUGAGAGAAAGCAGAGAGAGUCAAAUGCACUCAAAGUGGAUGAGAGACUGCAACUGGCCCGAGAACGAAGAGAGGCGUACCAAAAACAGCUGGCCUUGCGAGAGCACAGUUGGCUGGCGAGGGAGGAGCGAGCCAAAAACUUCUACCAGAAACAGCUUGAAGAGCGCAAAAGAAAGCUGGAGGAGCAGCGACAGAAGGAGGAGAGGAGAAGAAUAGCAGUCGAGGAGAAACGUAAACAGAGACUUAAGGAGGAAAGAGAGCGUUAUGAGUCUGUGGUGCGAAGGACAAUGGCGAAAAGUCAGAAGGAUAAACUCGGCCACUGCUCACAGCGGACCACCAACAGCGCCCAGAGCCACAAGAACGCUAAACGCCGCUCUCUUAGCCAAUGGGAGAUCGAGCUUGUCAGUCGUCUUCAGACUCCCACCAUUUCCUAUCUAGCCAGAAGCAGAAGUGCUAUGUGUCUGUCCCGAGACACAGUUGUUCAUGUUUGUCGUCGUUCAGUAUCAUGUCACUCCAGUACCACCCAAAAGGCCCAGGUGCAUUGUGGGAAGGCAGUGAACAGACCUGCCCGCUCAGUUCCAAGCGUCAGCAUCCGCAGAACCACUAACAGAGAGCUGGUGGCAAAAGGUGGUUUUGAGGCAAAAGACCAGCAAACACAACCUCAGACAACAGUUGAAAUCCAUCCCAGACAGGACACAAAUCCACAAGAGAAUGCGAAACCCCCAACACUAGGUCUGCAGAUAAGACCACACCUUAGACACGCUUUACCCAAGCAAGAUGGUUUGCCUCCACUUCUGGAAGAGCAAGAGUAUGAGCUUGCUCCACAUUUUCAACAACCCGAGACGACAACUCCACAAUGUCUACAAAGAGAUCUCAAACAAGAUGUACAACUGCAAUUAAAUCCAGCUAUGAAUCCUCCACACUGCGCUCAGACUCCUAAUGGACCAAGUCAGAUUGGUGAUAGAGCCCAAAUCAGAUCUCCUGCAUGGACCACAAAGCCCGAGGAGGCCACACGCCUGCUGGCAGAGAAAAGAAGGCAAGCGAGGCUUCAGAGAGAAAAAGAAGAGGAGGAACAGAGACAGAAGGUGGAGAUGGAGAGAAGGGGAAUAGAGGAACUGGCCCUUCGGAGAGCCGAAAAAUGUGCCAGGCAAGAGGCCGAAGCCGUGAGACUGGAGGAGGAACAGAAGAAAAGAGAAGAAGAAAACAGACGUCAGGCUGAGAACGCUCGCAGACAACUGGAGGAAGAAAAAAGACUUCAGCAACAGAGAGAGGAAGAGGCUCUUCAGAGGGUACAAGCAGAGCAACAGAGGCUGGAAAGAGAAACUCGCUUCCAGAGAGAAGAGGCUGAGCGCCAAGAAAGAAAGAAGCGCCUACAGGAAAUCAUGAAGAGAACCAGAAAGACUGAAUCUGAGGAUAAGAAAGCAGUAUCUGUGAAGGGCACUUCAUCCGGCGAGAAUGUGAAGCCUGCUAUCAGGCUACCAGGUCCUGGAAAAACAUCAAAGCUGGAGAUGAGGGAAGAGGACGACAUGCUUCCUACUGUUGCCUUCAAAGAACGCAGAUCAUUCCGCCCUCUGUCUGGCCUGGAGGAGAUGCAGGCGCACCAGCAAACAGAGGUUAUUUAACCCAUGGAGUCAUCAUAUGAUGUCAAGACGUUCAGAGCAUCUUCAGCAAGCUUUUGGUGGUAAAAACAGCUUCCCCUGCACUUUAAAAAUCCUUUAGGUAACAACUCCGCUCUACUGCCCAAAUAAAAAGCCCAAUAACUGCUUGAUCUGAUAUGGUGCCAUGUCCCUCCGUGCUCAGUGGCUAGAUAACUUUGGGUAUGUGGUAAGAUUGUCAAAUAACGACCUGUUAACUCCCUAAAUAAAACUUGAAGUUCAUUUUUCAGCUUUAAUUUACUCAUAUUAUUAUUUUAUAUUAAAGUCAGUAUGUUUAUGGUGAAGAGAAAUGCAUUGCUCAAACGUAGUCUAAGAGAGAUUUCAGUCUUAGGUAUGCACAAAACACAUGCUCACAGCGAUUCACCUGCAGUGCACACAGCUAUAUGUGUAAUAAUUUAUUGUCAGAUUGCUGAGCUACAGUAAAGAAACUAUAUUCUGUAUCUUUGCACUGCUGCUGUUUGUAAUACACAAGUACUUUUCCAUCUGUAGUCUAUGCCGACCACUGCUUUUGCGUCACAGUUUGUUACCAAAACAGGUGAGCUCAUUAAUUCCUAGUUUCCAUUGCUCAUUUUGCACUGCUGCUAUUUAGCUGUUCCAAAUAAUCUUGAACACUGCUUUUUCAUAAAUCACAUUAAAGACUAUCACGUGCUCGGCUGCCUUUAUGAGCAUUAUUAUUGUGCUUGUUCCUGACUUUGUGCAAUAUAUAGAUGCUUUUGCAAAUGUAAAGAUGUAACAAUUUAGUUCAUUUUUUAAUGGUGUAAGUAAAUAAACUUCAAAACCAAAAC